UUUGUUUCUCUUUUUGUUUCUAGAUUGUUCAGCAGCGUGUUUUGCUAUUUCGUUUGUUUUUAGUGUUUCGUUGUUUAUUUAAAAUGAGCUGUAGUAGUAAUAAUUAUCAAUGGACAAAAAACAUUGUAAAAAUUUUAAUAACGCAGCUGGAAAAGCACAGCUGCCUCUAUUCCGUUACAUCAAAGGACUACAAAAACAAAUCAAAAAGAAAAAGUGCCAUGUGGUCCAUACAAAACAAUUUAAAAGAACACGGUGUAACUAUAACUGAAGCGGAUUUAAAGAAAAAGAUUCACGGUUUAAGAACACAAUACCUCGCCGAACUGCGCAAAAUAAAGCGAUCGAAGUCAAGUGGUGCAGGUGCGGACGAGGUAUAUGUGCCCACUUUAUGGUGUUAUGAGCUAUUGUAUUUUUUUCAAGAAGAUUCGUAUCCUGAAAGGGAGAGUGCAACUAAUUUUGAGUUUCACAAGUAUAAUGAAGAAGAAGAAGCAGAAAGCAUAGAUACUGGAGAAGACGAAAGUGUCAUAUAUGAUGGCACUCUGGAAGAUUUCAAUAUACAUAACUAUACACUUGCUGACACUCCAACAAGUAGUUUGAAGAUCGAGAUGGGGUGUCAGGGUAGAAGCUCUCCACAGCAGAUGCCAGCCCCUAGGAGUGGGAGGGGUCAAGGUAAAAGAAAACGGCCUAAUGAAGAAGAUGACGAUGGCAUACAGCAACUCAUAAAAAAUGCCACACAUACCUUGACCACAGCAAGGGACAGAAUCGAUGCAGGGAUUAACUGGAGCAAUGACCCGAUAGAUAACUUCUGCAGAAUGCUUGGAGAUGAGCUCAAACUUGUUAAGAACUGUAAAAGACUUCAGACUACAAAAAGAAAAAUUUUGAGCACAGUAUAUGAUGCCCAAGCGGAGGAGUCAGAAGAAGAUUAAAAUAAGUUAAUAUAUAUGUAUGUAUAAUAUAUCCCUACCCAAAUUAUUUGACACAUAAGAUUUUAUAAACAAUGUUAAUUAUGAGGUGAUACUAAAUAGGUUUUUUGUAUGUACCAGACAGAAUGUAUGUUGUUUGAUUGCCUAUUUAAUUGUAUAUCUUUUAUCACAAAUAAAACAUUAUUAAUGAACAAAUAUGUUUUUAUUGGCUCUUGAAGAAAAACAAACGAUAAUAUGCUGUGCAAAAUAAAAGCUACAAUAGUGGCUAAAGGUGGCUCAACAAAAUAUUAACAUUUAAUUGUCGUUUUAUUGUUUCCUUCAAGAGUCAAUAAAUAUAUAUAUUUGUUCAUUAAACAUGAUAUUUUAUUUGUGAUGAAAUAUUGACAAUAAAUGGAUAACCAAACAACAUACAGUGUGUCUGGUAUAUUCAAAAAAACCUAUUGCGUAUCACCUAAUAAUUAUAACAUUUUUUAUAAAAUCUUAUAGUGCCUCUAAAAAUUUGGCCAGGGGCUAUACACUAUUAUACAGUGAUGAGCUCGCUAAUAACUGGCUGAAUAACAAAUUAAGUUGUGUGAUAAAAAGAAAUGAAACUAGUGGAGGUGAGAGAUUUAGCGAUAAAAACAAAUAAACUUACAUUUUAUUUAUUAUUUCGCACCUUUAGACGUAUCAGAGAAGUAUGUCAACUAAAACUGUCACAGUGGCAGUUGCCAAACUCAUCCGAUACAUCUAAAAGUGGGAAAUAAUAAGUAGAAUGUAAAUUUAUAGGUUUUUGUCGCUAAAUCUCCCACCCCACUAAUUUCGUUUCUUUUUAUCUCACAACUUGAUGUGUUCUCCAUCUUUUGCUGAUUAUUAAUACGCUGAUCACUGUAUAUGUAUGUAUAUAUAUAUAUAUAUAUGUUAAUUAAACACAAUUAUAUAUGUCAUUUGAGAACAAAUUAGUUAAACCUUCCACGUUUUGAUAUUUACGUAUCACUUUAUUGUGAUACCUAUUCAAAUGCGGAAGGUUUGACUAAUUUGUGCUCCAAUGACAUAUGUAAUGGAGUUUAAUUCACAUAUAUACAUGUUAAUAUAGUUAGUAUGGUUUUUUUUAAGUUAUUUUGUAAUUGUUUAUAAGUUCUUAUUUGUGUAUAAGUUAGUAUACAUGUUACUAACAUGUAUAUAUGUGAAUUAAACGCCAUUAUAUAUGUAACUUGAGCACAAAUUAGUCAAACCUUCCGCAUUGGAAUAGGUAACAAUAGAGUGAUAUAUCAAUAUUUCAGCAUCCGCGCUUAGUCAGUCAACUCUGUCUGAUGCUUGACUGUCAAGUGGGAAUGCUCAAAUAUCGACAUAUCACUCUGUUGAUACUUAUUCAAACGUGGAAGGUUUGACUAAUCAGUGCUUAAAUGACAUAUACAAUAGCGUUUAAUUCACAUAUAUACACAUUAGCAUACAUGGAAGUACAUUUAGUAAUUAUUACUUAAAUAAACGUUAAAAAAUUA